ACUUUGGUCACUAAACAAACAUAACUCGAGAACUACCUGUAUACAUGCUGCUAGCAGCGGAUUAGGAAUAAAUGCACAAAGAACAGCAAAAGCCUAAAAUUCAAUUCGGUCAAUCAUCCAGAAAAGGUCUUUUCAGAAACUUACAAUAAAAUAUAGGAAUUAAUCCAAUCAGAUUUCUGGAAAGAACAAAACGCAAAGGGAUAUUCUCAAAUCCUUUAAAAGCAUUUUAAAACAAAUGUUUCCUUUAGGUUCCUUCCUGCAUGAAGUAACAUACGUCGCAAAGGUUGCUUCUAGGUAACUCCGUAUAAGGCUGCAUCUAUAGCUUCUUACAGGGCAACCCUGCCCACCAUUACUGACGAAGAAAUCUUUUUUCAAUAGACCCGCUUUUAAAUAUAUUCUACGGUAUUGUUAUUUCGAUAGCCACUGUUAGAAUCCAAAUGAUAAUGACCGUAGCACAGGUUUGUUUUUAAUUAAAAAAAUAAGUACAGUUUUUAGCAGACAAAAUCCUACAUCAGCCGCCACUCACAUAUCGAAAAGUAAAACGAAACGCUGGCAUUCAAGUGGGCGUAACCACCACCUACAUCGCGCAUGCGGGUCACAUCGGGUAGGUUUAACUUCCUUUUCAAUGCAUGCUGGGAAAUAGGGUUCCCUUGCCAAAGGGGUUUUCGGGGCGAAAAUAGCAGCCUUAAUUUCUUUCCCGCUGGCCUCCUUGCGUUCCCCGUUUAGACUCUCCUGUUGCAAUUCCAGGGGAGAUAAGAGCGCCCGCGCACAAAAUCCUCCACCUCUUCUUCUGGUUUGCUGCUAGGUAACUGAAACCCAGGCGGAGCGGAGGCGAGAGCUGAGCCUGAAAAAGAAAUGGCGCCUUAAGAACAACGGCAUUGAGUCAGAUGUGACAGUCGGUGCGCCCCGCCCUGUGACAGGGUGGAGUCAGCGGCGGCGAAAGGAAUCGGAGAAAACGGACUCCAGCCGUACAAUCUUCUCCUAUUUCCUGCCCCCCAAAAAGAAUUGGCUGAAGUCACGUGGAAAGGGGCCGGUUGGGAAGGCACAUGAUCCGAGUGGCCCCAGAGGUUGGGAGUCGUCGCGAUGGGUACCGCGCUGGACAUCAAGAUCAAGCGAGCUAACAAGGUGUACCACUGCGGGGAAGUUCUCACUGGAGUGGUGGUCAUAACAAGUAAAGAUUCAAUCCAGCAUCAGGGAAUCUCAUUAACAAUGGAAGGAUCUGUAAAUCUGCAGCUCAGUGCUAAAAGUGUUGGUGUGUUUGAAGCAUUCUGCAAUUCUGUUAAGCCUAUCCAACUGAUUAAUAGUACGGUAGAAAUGGUAAAAUCUGGAAAACUGCCUAGUGGUAAAACAGAAAUUCCUUUUGAAUUCCCACUGCAAGUAAAAGGAAGCAAAAUUCUUUAUGAAACUUACCAUGGAGUUUUUGUCAAUAUCCAGUAUACUCUUCGAUGUGAUAUGCGACGUUCUCUCCUGGCCAAGGAUUUGACAAAAUCUUGUGAAUUUAUAGUCCAUUCACCACCUCAGAAAGGUAAACCAACUCCAAGCCCUGUAGACUUUACUAUUACUCCUGAAACAUUACAGAAUGUGAAAGAGAGAGCAUUGCUUCCAAAAUUUCUCAUAAGAGGCCAUCUCAAUUCAACAAACUGCAUCAUAACACAACCUCUAACAGGGGAACUGAUAGUGGUGAACUCUGAUGCUGCUGUUAAAAGCAUUGAACUCCAGCUAGUACGAGUGGAAACCUGUGGCUGUGCUGAAGGUUAUGCUAGAGAUGCCACUGAGAUUCAGAACAUUCAGAUUGCUGAUGGCGACGUCUGCAGAAAUCUUCCUAUUCCAAUCUACAUGGUCUUUCCAAGAUUAUUUACAUGUCCUACACUGGAAACUACAAACUUCAAAGUUGAAUUUGAAGUUAACAUCGUUGUUCUCUUGCAUGAUGAUCACUUAAUCACAGAGAACUUUCCACUGAAACUUUGCAGAAUGUGAUUAGGUUUGCUUUACAAUUAUUAUCAGACUAGAUGCCUCCCAUUUGUGGGGCAUCAAAACAAUUGGCAUUGCAGGCACUAAGUAAUAUAGCUAUGAUUGAGCAGAAUUUUAAGUUACAAUAACAAUGUUCUGAGCCAAUAAGUCAGUGUUUAAUAAGCACUGAUUCACAUUUGUCUGCAAUGCCAUUGCAAUGCAAGUGUUAAUCUAAGUUAAAAUGGGGCCUUCAUGGCCUACACUUCUGUCUAUUCUUAUUCGUUUAUGAGAGUUCUGUGAGUAAGAAAUUUAGACAGAGAAGAAGAGUUGCUUAUAGCAAUAUGUUUUGACCAAAAUUAUUUUGUAUAUAUGUCUUAGCCUAUUAUACUAAAAAAAUUCUACCUUAAUUUUGGAAACUUUUGUAUGUCCUAUGAGAUGUCCCUACAGUCAUGAGAGAUUAGAAAUGCACUUAUCAAAAUAUUUGACUGACAUACUAAAACUAUUCAAAACAAGUUGAAUUUAGACAUUCCUGUUUCCUCUGCUAGCAUCUAAAGACUUAAUUAUCGUAGCUUAAUUGGUAAAAAUGUUGGUCUGACCUUAAUAACUGAUUGGAGGAUUAGUCAUAAGGAAUAGUUAUGAUUCAGUGCUGGCAUCUUGUUACCAGAUUGAUGUUACAAGGCAAAAAUAAUUUGAGGCAACAUAGAGGAAAGAGCAUGGUAAAGGCAGUAGAGGUAAAUGAGAAGGUAAAAUUAUUGCACUUUUCCUACCAUUGGAAGAUGUUGAACUAUAUAUUGAAUACAUUUCACUUUGAUGUAGCAUCAGCUUGGCAAUACUAAUAGAAAGUAAACUUUAUUUAACACCUGAUAUAUCUGAUUGUUGAUGUCAAUAAAUCAUUCAUAUGUCCAUCCAAU